GAAUUUACGCAUCCAUUCAUCGUCUCGCACAUUUGCGGCGGAGUGUUUUGAAUCCUGAAACACGUGUGCGACUCUGAACCGCAAAAGUUGCUUAUCCGUGACGGAACCAGAGAACCAUGGCCGAUUCCGACCAAGAAGAUGAGGUUCCCAACGUUAACUUUGUCCCGAGCUUGUUGUUUAUUAAAAGGGGCGUCGCCAAAGCCAAUCCCGAUAAGGUUACAUUGACUCCUCAAGAGUUGGCUCGGAUCAUCAACGACACGAGGGAGGAUUUAGCAGAGGAAGGAGCUGAGGGCAUGGAAUCAUCGGAAGAGGAUGAGGAAAACGAAGAUAGCCAGGCACGGCUGGCCAGCCAAGCCGAGCGAGCUUCCAGAAAUGACCCCAACGCUGAUGAGUUCGGUUUCGAGCAAUACGAUCAAGAAUCUGGCGAACCUGUGUUACGAAUCGGUUCUGUCGCUGUGGUCGAUCCAGAUGAAAACAUCCAGGAUGGAGACGACGACUCCGAGGCUGAAGAUGAAAUCAUCAAACCGACCGACAAUUUGAUUCUCGUUGGUCACGUUCAAAAUGACAGCGCUUCGAUGGAAGUUUACAUUUUCAACGAGGAAGAGGGUAGCAUGUACGUUCAUCACGAUUUCCUGCUGCCGAGUCCACCGCUUUGCAUCGAAUGGCUGAGCUACGAUCCGGGUAGUGAGGGGCCCGGAAAUCUGUGCGCCAUUGGCUGUAUGGACCCAAUUGUGACGCUGUGGGAUUUGGACAUUCAGGACUCGCUGGAACCGGUUUGUAAGCUGGGCUCCAAAGGUAGCAGAAAGAAAAAUCGACCCAAGGUUGGACACUCGGAUGCUGUGCUUGAUCUUUCGUGGAACAGAUUUUUGGAGCACAUCCUGGCAAGUGGUUCUGUAGAUCAAACGGUAAUUUUGUGGGACUUGGAAAACGGAACUCCACAUACGACGAUUCGUAAGUUCAGCGAAAAAGUCCAGACGCUAUCGUUCCAUCCCACGAAAGCCGAAUCGCUCCUAGUCGGAAGCUGUGACGGAAAAGUUAAGGUAUUCGAUUGUCGAUCCACAACAAACGAUUCCAGUAGCUACAAAUCCUGGUCCUUGGGAGGGGAAAUCGAGCGAGUUUGCUGGAGUCGACAGAACGAAUUCCAAUUUGUUGCCAGUACCAAUGAGGGUAGGAUUCACUACGUGGACGUUAGGCAGGAUCAUCCGCUGUGGUCCAAGGAGGUUCACGAGAAGGAAAUCACCGGUUUGAUGUUGAGCGGGAAGGUUCCGGGAAUGCUUUCGACGGCUUCCGCUGAUGGAACGUUGAAGGUGUGGGAUUUCGACGAGCAGGACGCCCGACUGGUUUACAAAAAGAAUCCUAAGAUCGGAGUGAUCCAGUGUUUGGACGAGUGCCCGGAAAAUCCUUACCUGUUGGCUUUGGGUGGAGAUUUAAAAACGAAGAAUUUUACCGUUAUCAAUCUACUAGAUAAUGAUGUUUUGACGAAUGUUUUCAAACCCCGAUUUGAUCCGGCGAGCGCCCGGCAGAGCUCUACCGAAGUUGAGCCUCCAACGGAAGCGAUGGAAGAUGCUUCCAUCAGUGACGAUGAUGAGUGAUAGAGUUAAGUUUAUCAUUACUAUUUCUAAAUUUUAUACUGACAGGUAGAAAGUAUAUUCCAUUAAAAGUGAGACAUCUACUGUUCACAAAUCAGGAUAA